AUGACACUCCACGAAGUAAUCAAAGAAUCACCUAGUGAGCCCACCUCACAGGUCAAACCAUCUUGGGGGGAAGAAACCAGAGACAUUGAAAACAAAGAAAUCGUCCUCAUCACUGGUGCAAACACGGGCAUCGGCUUGGAGACGGUCAAAGCCUUAUUCCGCUCUUCAAAGGCCUACCAUGUCAUUCUAGGCUCUCGCAAAGCUGCCAAUGGAGAAGAAGCAGUCGCUCAGCUGGAAAGCGAGUUUCCCGACACCAAGAGCAGCGUCGAUGUUGUACAGAUCGACCUUGGCAAUAAUCACGAGAUCCCACUUGUCUUUGAGACUAUCAAGUCCAAGUUUGGCAGAGUUGAUGUUUUAAUCAACAACGCGGGCGCCAAUUUCGACUCCUUUGAAGAAAAUGAUGGUGCUGAUCCUGCCCACGCUCGUCUUUUGUUCAACAAGACUUACGACAACAACGUAUCGAGCACUCAGGUUUUUACAGCCACGUUCGUUCCUCUCCUGUUGGAGUCCUCGUCCCCGCGUAUCAUUUUCCUGACUUCAGGUCUUUCGACGCUUCACGGCGCGCACGAGUCUUUCCUAUCAAAAAUUACAGAAUCCAUCCCGAAAGGGUGGCCCAAGACGGGGAUCCCGACAGCGAUUGCGUACCGCUGCUCCAAGACGGCGCUCAACAUGGUGAUGCUGUCGUGGUAUCAGCUUCUCAAAGACGACGGGGUCCGAGUGUGGUCUGUCAACCCAGGCUUCUUAGCUACGGGGUUGGGAGGGAACCCCGAAUUGCUCAAGAGUGCGGGUGCGGGGGAUCCGGCUACGGGCGGCGAGCUUAUUCUAAAGGUCAUUGAGGGAGAAAAGGACGAGGAUGUAGGAAAGGUUGUUGGUCAGAAUGGUGUUCAGGAGUGGUAA